UAAAUGUCACUAUGUGAUGGUUGCGUUUUCGAGUGCAUUAUAACGGAAGCAAAAUGAUCAAAUAUUUAUCAAUUCUUUGUGUUACACUUCAUUUAAAUACCAUGGCUGCAAAUGUCAAUCCUCGUGUGUGCAUUAUUGGUGCCGGUAUUGCUGGACUAACCUCUGCUAGAUAUUUAAAAGAAGAAGGAAUACAUUUUAACGUUUUAGAAGCCACUAAGUAUAUAGGUGGUACCUGGCGUUAUGAACAAAGAGUUGGUAAUGAUGAAUACGGACUUCCAAUACAUACAAGCAUGUAUAAACACUUGAGGACAAAUUUACCAAAAGCUACGAUGGAACUCCAUGGCUUUCCAAUUCCGAAGGAGUAUCCUUCAUUUCCCACCAGGGAAAUGUUUUAUGAUUACAUUAAAGCAUAUGCGAAAUAUUACGACGUGGAAAAGUAUAUUAAGCUCUUACAUAAUGUCAUGCAUGUGAGAAGAGUAGAAAAUAAAUGGAAAGUCAAAUACAAACAUAUCCCUUCUGAAACGGAGUAUGAGGAAGAUUACGAUUUCGUAAUUGUGGGAUCAGGUCACCAUAGUAAACCUAAUUACCCGAAUAUUGAAGGAGAAAAUUUAUUUAAAGGUACUAUCAUACACAGCCACGACUACAGAGUACCAGAUCCUUAUAAACAUCGUAAAGUGCUAAUAGUUGGUGCUGGACCGUCAGGGAUGGAUAUAAGUUUGGACGUAGCGGAAGUCAGUAAAACACUAGUUCACAGCCAUCAUUCGAAAGUGAAUUUUAGGACGCCAUUCCCUUCACAUUAUAUUCAAAAGCCUGACAUAAAGAAGUUUAACGAAACAGGUGUCAUAUUCGUCGAUGGAACUUUUGAAGAAAUUGACGAUGUAAUUUAUUGUACAGGUUAUCAAUAUGAUUAUCCGUUUAUACACGAGAGUAGCGGAUUAACAAUAUCCCCACAUAGUGUCACGCCUUUAUAUAAAUACAUGGUGAAUAUAAACCAGCCUAGUAUGAUAUUUAUGGGAUUAGUAGUACGAGCGUGUUUGGUCGUUGCUUUAGAUGCUCAGGUAAUUUUUGGUUUAUCUACAGUUAUUGGUUUACAGACAGAAAAAAGUGCUGUAUAAAAAUUAUUUAUUAUUAUUUAUAAUUAUCGUUAUUUCAGGCUCGAUAUACAACUGCCUUAAUUAAAGGUAAUUUUACUCUUCCAUCACAAAAGGAAAUGUUGAAUGAAUGGCAGCAUUCUGUGGAUGUAUUGAGGUCAAAUGGGAGACCGUUAUCCCAUAUACAUUUAUUAGCUGAGAAAGAGGAUCAAUAUUAUGAAGAAUUAACUAAGCAAUCAGGUAUAGACAGGGUUCCACCUGUGAUGUUCAAAAUCCGUGCCUUAGAUACACAAGCUAAAUUAGAUAAUUUGUAUACGUACAGAAACUAUGUUUAUACAGUAAUAGAUAACGAAAAUUUUGUAAGAAACCUUGAAACUGAAUCAUCAUCAAAAAAAAAUAAUGGUACGGCUAUAUAAUUUGCAAACACUUGUGCUAUUGGCGACAAGCGAUGGAGACACCUGUUUACCUAUACUGUUUGGCCGCCGCUGAGCUGUGUUAAGAAGACAGGUAC